AUGGGUUCCUUUAUUUUUCUCUUUACAGCCGAUGCCGGAAAUGUGAUUGUGAGUCGGGCCUUGCAACACCUUCGCAUGCGCCCAGAAGAAAUAAUCUGCCAAGUCAUUUGGCAGGUUACGCAGAUGGAGCCGACUUGUACAUUCGAGAGGCUCUCCAUCUACCUGGGUACCAUUUAUAGAAAUUUACAACAGAUACCACCAUCCCAGCAGAAGGUGAAGAGUGCCCUACAGGCUUUGAUCAAAUCCAACGCAAUAUAUGAUACGGGUUAG